AUGUGUGUCAAGAUGAGCUCCUCCUCGGGUAGUGGGCGUCCGUCACCACAGAUCAGCCUCUCCCAUAUCCUCCGUCGUCUCAAGCUCUGUGGCUGGUAUUGGGGAGAUCUCUCCAGUGCACAAGCUAACGAUAUACUCAAGAAUGGAGAGGACGGAUCGUUUAUCAUGAGGGACAGUUCUGACGCUUGUCAUCUCUUCUCACUCUCUCUGAAGGCCAAUAGUUUUGUUAUUAGCGUGCGAGUGGCGUACAGUCGAGGGCUGUUCAAGUUAGACUCUUGUCGACAAGAGGAUUGUCCAUCAUUUGGAUCAGUGGUGGAUCUAAUAGAUUAUUACCUAGAGAGCGAUGAACACACGUUCCAAGUAACUGUUCCUGAACUAGGGGAAUUCCCUGUAACUCUCAAGCACCCAAUUCUCAAGGAAGUGUAUUCGUUACAGCACUUGUGUCGAAUGGCCAUUGUUACCUCGUGCAAGAGGUCAGACAAACUCAACAGUUUACCGUUACCACAACAUUUGGUCAGAUAUCUGUUGGACUUUGCACCCGAAGAGAACACUGCACAACAUAAACCUGCUAGCUAAUAGUUGCGUGUGCAUGUAUUCAAUGUUUCAUGUGUUGCAAUUGCUGUGUAUUAUGUGUCGUCUAUCUGACCCAUUACAUUAUGGUGGACUGUACAGUGGUGCUAUUUACCAUAAUUAUUGCACAUUACAGAGCAA